AUGCGUGUCUGUGUCCCCCGCCGCGCCUUCUCCGCCGCCGCCCCCGCCGGCCACGACAACCCGCUGGGCCUCCCCGCCCGCAAUGCCCCGCCCCCGCUGCCCCGCAGAGGCCUCCCACCCAAGCGGCCCAUCCCCCACGCCGCCGCCGUCCUCGCCGUCGCCAGCGGCAAGGGCGGCGUCGGCAAGAGCACCGUCGCCGUGAACCUCGCCGUCGCCCUCGCCAUGCACCGCACCCCCGCCGGCACCCGCCCCCGCGUCGGCAUCCUCGACCUCGACAUCUUCGGGCCCUCCGUCCCCAAGCUCAUGGGCCUCGACCGCGCAGACGAGCCCCGCCUCACCCCCGGCGGCGCCCUCGUCCCGCUCAUCAACCACGGCCUCCCGUGCAUGUCCAUGGGCUUCCUCCUCCCCCGCCCGCCCGGCGCACAAUCCAGCGACGACUCCCCCGUCGUCUGGCGCGGCCUCAUGGUCCAAAAGGCCGUCCAGCAGCUCCUCUUCGACGUCGACUGGCGCGACGGCCCCGACCACCGCGGCCCCGGCCUCGACCUCCUCGUCCUCGACAUGCCCCCCGGCACCGGCGACGUCCCCCUCACCCUCGGCCAGCUCGUCACCGUCGACGGCGCACUCAUCGUCUCCACACCGCAAGACGUCGCCCUCUCCGACGUCCGCAAGGGCGCCGCCAUGUUCCGCAAACUCUCCGUCCCCAUCCUCGGCCUCCUCCUCAACCAGGCCUUCUACACCUGCCCCUCCUGCGCGGCCCCCCACCACCUCUACGGCCCGCCCGACCCCUUCCGCGCCACCGCAGCCCGCCUCGGCGCCCCCGUCCUCGGCGAGCUCCCCGUCGCCCCCGGCGUCAGCACCGGCGGCGACGCAGGCGUGCCCUACGUCCUCCUCCCCGAGCAGCACCGCGCGCGCGACCCCGCGGGCUGGGACCGCACCAUGAGCGCCGUCGCCGAGCGCGUCUGGGCGGCGCUCUCGAGGGAUGGAGCUCAGAGCUGA